AAAAAGAUAUAUAUACAUACAUAUAUAAAUAUAUAUAUAUACAAGUUUUGCUAAAUUUUGCCCAAAUUUUUACUCCUCUAAUCUUCUAACCAUAUAAUUCUCAAAAGGAAAAAAAAAAAAACCAAAUCAAACCAAAGGCAGAAAACUCCCGAAUUUUUUCCCACUUCUCACCCACGGAGGAAUCUAGCCUUGGCACUUUCUGUUGAGAUUGGGUUGUUUAUAUAUUUCGGGACCGGCUCUAGAAGCUAGAAGUCGCCAAGGAAAUGCAUUACUAUCUGCUUUGAUAUAUGCACACUGACACGGUUUGCGUGAUUGUUAAUGGAGCUUAAUACCAUUAAAGAUGCAUUUGAUCGCGUUACAAAGAAGCAAAAGCUAUCCAGCUCUAAAGCUCAGGAAGUUCUUGAACAGAUUGACCGAGAAAUAGAACUGGCAUUACAAAAGCUACAAUCACUUGAUGAUCUCGAAUCGGAACUUGAUUAUCUCUCUGUCCUUGCUGAACUCAAAACCAAGUUAAAAGACAUGGCUCCGCCCAAUCAACUGGAAAGCACACAGAAAGAACUGAAUAUGGCAUUGAGCAAAUAUCCAAAACUUCUCGAGAAAACCUUCAAUCCAGAUAUAACAAAGGCCUAUAGGAAUACUGUAUUCGACACGCACACAGUUAACCAGAUAAUAGCCAGCCAUUUCUACCGGCAGGGUCUAUUUGAAAUUGGUGACUGUUUUGUGGCAGAGACCCAGGAACCAGAAUCUGUAUGCUCAGUGAAAUUGUUAUUCCAAGAAAUGUUUCAGAUACUAGAAGCCAUGAGAUGUCGGAAUUUACAGCCAGCAUUGAACUGGGCUGCUGCCAACUCUGAGAAACUCAAACAAAAUGGAUCCGAUCUACUGCUGAAACUUCACAGCCUGCAAUUCGUGGAAAUACUGCAAAAGCAAAGCCGAGAAGAAGCUCUCAAGUAUGCCAGAACUUAUCUCUCUUCGUUUGCUUCUGACCAUAUGUCUGAAAUCCAAAAGCUCGUAAUCUGUAUCCUGUGGACUGGAAGGCUUGAUCGCUCGCCAUACGCACAAUUAUUAUCUCCAACCAAUUGGGACAAAGUGGCUGAGAAGCUAACAAGGCAGUUCUGCAAUAUUCUGGGGCAGUCCUAUGAGAGUCCACUGAAUGUCACAAUAGCAGCUGGGGCCCAGGGAUUGCCACCUCUUUUGAAGUUCAUGACUGUAAUGGCAGGAAAGAAGCAAGAAUGGCAGUUGAUGAAGCAGCUGCCGGUACCAGUUGAGCUAGACAAGGAGUUUCAGUUCCAUUCCAUCUUUGUAUGCCCGGUGUCGAAGGAGCAAUCGAACGACGAAAACCCUCCAAUGUUGAUGACAUGUGGGCAUGUGCUUUGCAAGCAGUCUAUCAUGAAGAUGUCAAAGAACAGCACAAGAUCUUUCAAGUGUCCAUACUGCCCAUCUGAUAUUGAUGCAUCAACUUGUAGGCAGCUGUGUUUCUGAUGUAUUUCCAAAGUUGUUAGUAAUGUUGUUGUUUGCUGUUUCUGUUUUCUUUAUUUCUUUCCUUCUUUCAUGAACUGGUUUAAAUUUGUAGAAACUAGUUCUGUCGUUUGCGGUUUUGGUGACAGAAGUUGGUUUACUUCUGGUGUACUUCUGAUUGAUCAAUUGUUGUGCAUAGAAAUUCUUUCUUCUCGCUGGUGAUGAAGACAAUUCUGAAAUGAUACCUGGGAGACUGAGGUACUAGUAGUGGGCACAGGUAAGGGCCUUGGUACUCCCUUAACUUCCUUAAAUCUCUCGCAAGAUGAGUGGACCCUGUAAGGAAAAAUGGGGGAUUUUAUAAG